AUGGAUCUCAUUCGAAGUUUUAAAAAUGAUGUUCAUUGCAACCGUGAAGCUAUAUCUAGCUUAUUUACAAAUUAUUUUGUUAGUGAUAAGGAAGAUAGGUGUGAUCGGUUUGCUAGAGGGCGAUGUGGAGGCUUGAUUUGCAGCGCUUUGGUGGUGAUAUUGGCAUUCGUUGUUUACUUGUGCAUUUACAUCAUUUUCCCAAAUAAAGAAACAUUUGUCCCGAUAAAAGGUUCAUACGACUACGUGAUAGUUGGAGCAGGAACAGCUGGGUGCGUCCUCGCCAACAGACUUUCAGAAGACCCCCUGUCAUCCAUACUUCUCAUCGAAGCAGGAGAUUCCGUUCAUGAUGAUAAACUAAUGCAAAUACCACUAGCAGUUGUAUUUGCGAAUUCAAGCAAAUACGACUGGAAAUUCAUCACUGUUCCCCAGAAGAAUUCUUUCUUAGGAUCAAGAGACAAAAGGGGUACUUUGUCCAGUGGUCGAGUGCUAGGGGGCUCAGGUUCUAUAAACUACAUGCAUCACAUACGGGGUAGUCGCCAUGACUUCGAUGCCUGGGAAAAGGAAGGUGCAACAGGAUGGAGUUAUAAGGAUGUAUUGCCGUAUUUCAUUAAAUCUGAGGAUGUUCAAAUACCAGAAUUGAAAGACUCACCCUACCGCGGUGUAGGCGGGCUCUUGACUGUCAGUUCGGGGACUGCAACAACAAUGACUGACGUUUACCAACGAGGAUAUGAGGAGUUGGGAUAUUCCAAGGUGGACUGUAAUGGAGAAACACAAACAGGUAAACCAAAUAGAUGGAGCACCGCCAAAGCGUUCUUAGAUCCUGCAGCGGAUCGCCCAAACCUUCACGUGUCAACAAAUACAUACGUCACCAAGAUUUUGGUAGAUAAAAACAAGGCUGUUGGAGUUGAAGUUAUACGAAAUCAAACAACAUACCGGAUGAUGGCACGAAAGGAAGUUAUUCUGUCUGCCGGAGGUAUCAAAAGUCCUCAAAUUCUAAUGAUGUCUGGCAUUGGACCACAAGCGCAUCUGCAAUCAAAAGGAAUAAAUGUUGUGAAAGAUUUGCCUGUAGGACAAAACUUGGAAAACCAUGUAAUGGUACCGAUUUCUUUCAAAGAUAACAGCUCGUCGGCGUAUAACUGCUCUGAAUUUGAUGAUCAUCUAAAGCAAUACAUUGCUAAUAAAUCAGGGCCUUUCAGUAAAACUCAUUUGGAGGCAGGUGCAUUUCUAGCAGAAGAGGAUAACCUACCCCCGUUCACUCAAAUAACAUUUCAUAGUCUCAAUUCUUUUCCUUUCUUUCUGAUAGCCUUUCCAAACAUUUUUGAAAAGAAUCAAGAGACAAAGGACACAAUGAAGCAAUCUUGCAGUGAAGCGAUGAACAACGCUGGGAAUUCCUUUAUGUCAUUCGUUGUGCUUCUACAUCCAAAGAGUCGGGGAACAAUUCAACUGCAGAGUAGUGAUCCCUUAGAUCCGCCUCUCAUAGACCCUAACUACUUGGAUCACCCUUAUGACCUUAAGGCGCUAUUGAAAGGAAUAAACCACGUUCUUAAACUGGCAGAGACAAAAGCAUUCCAAACUAUUGGUGCCUCGCCAUUAGACCCUUAUCAGGAGCAUCUUCCUGCCUGUCAAGAACUGCCUUAUCCCUCAGAGGAGUACUGGGUCUGUAGAAUCAAGUAUUACACGCAAACAAUGUUUCAUCCAACAUCCACUUGCAAAAUGGGGGCGUCAGACGACCCCAAGGCAGUUGUUGAUCCACAGCUUAGAGUAAAGGGGAUAGAGAAUUUAAGAGUGGUUGACGCUUCUGUCAUGCGCUCUGCUCCUUCUGGAACAACAAACGCUCCAACGAUCAUGAUCGCUGAGAAGGCAGCAGACAUGAUUCGAGGAAAGGAUACUGCUCUCUCCAUAGGACAACCGUUCCGCUUCGAUGCUGUGGAAACAAAUCUUGGAAAUGGAUACGACAGAAAAACUGGCUUUUUCACCGCCCCAUCCGAUGGUGUGUAUGCAUUUUCGUGGACCAUUCACGCCGCUGGUACACAUCAUGCUGGCUCUAAAGGCCACUUUGGGGAAAUGGCGGCAGUGCUGACUCAAAACGGGGUCGUUAAAGGGUCUAUUUAUGCAGAUACAGAAAAACAUUAUGAUGACGCAUCGUCGACAGGGUUUGUGAUUUUGGCCGCUUCGAAGGGAGACAAGUUUCAAAUUAUCUGUCCAAUGGCCGGCCAAGGUGCCUUUUUUAGCACCCGUAGCAAUGGGAAGACAUCCUUUUCGGGAUAUCGCAUUGCAUAACAUGUAAUUGCUUUGUGAGUACGUUACCAGGGGAGAUAUGUCCUGAUGAUGCAAUAAAAGUAAAUCGUA